CCCGGAACCGUGUAGCGCGGGCGACGCACGGGGCGGCGCCGUUGCCUUGUUCGCCAUACUUGCACGGGAGCUCUUACUGCAAAGGCACCUGAAAUCACCACCGCACAUCAGAUUACGACAUGGCUGAGGAUCAGGUGACUCCAGAGCAGCUAGCAGCCAUCGCCGCCGAAAACGAGACGCCAGAGCCUGUGAACUACAAGGCACCGGCUCAGAAGUCGGUGAAGGAGAUCCACGAGCUGGAUAAGGACGAUGAGAGCCUACGCAAAUAUAAGGAAACCCUGCUUGGCUCUGGGGUCGCUGAGGCUGAUCCCUCUGUUCCCAAUGUUCAAGUGACCCGGAUGUCCCUUGUCUGCGAAACGGCCCCCAACCCUCUGAUCCUGGACCUGCAAGGAGACCUGGAAGCCUUUAAGAAGCAGGCCUUUGUUCUGAAGGAGGGAGUUGAAUACAAAAUAAAGAUCAGCUUUAAGGUGAACAGGGAGAUAGUUUCGGGUCUGAAGUAUGUGCAGCAGACAUACAGGAAAGGAGUGAAGAUCGACAAGUCGGACUACAUGGUGGGCAGCUACGGGCCUCGUCCCUCUGAAUACGACUUCCUGACCACAGUGGAGGAGGCUCCUAAAGGCGUUCUGGCCCGCGGCAACUACGUCAUCAAAUCCAAGUUUACUGACGACGACAAGCACGACCACCUGUCCUGGGAGUGGAACCUCAACAUCAAGAAAGACUGGACAGACUAAAAGAGGCCUUUGUGGUAGGGGGGCGAGGGAAACAAAAUCCCACCCUCGCCCCCCAGCUCUGUGCGUUCCUCAGUCGCCCCCAUCCCCGCCCUGUGUCCACCAUUUCUGCCUUCUUUGUUUUUACUUUUGUUGUGCAUUUCAUGCUCUCAUG